AUGCCUUCAACAUUAGAGAAGGCCCGCAAGCACAUUGCGAAGAAGCGCAACGGCCACGACCUGGCCCUGCAUGAGUUUUCCAGAGACUCCAAGCGCCUUCACAAGGCCUCGAUUAGAGACCAAAGGCUAGGAAAGCUCCACGCCUCAAAGAACAAGAAGGAGCAGCCCAUGAUUGACCGUGCCUCGUACUUCCAGAAGGCUAUUCAAGAGAAGGGAUCUGAACCCCUCGACUUAGCCGGCGUUCAGGACCUCAUUAGCAAGUUUGUGCACCAGUACGAUGAGGAGUACGCCGAGGUCAAGAAAACCCGCCGUGCCGGCCGCCCUGCAAGUGCCAAGGAAGACUUGCUGAAGUUGAGGAUUUCCAACCUUGAAGAAGAGUAUAGGAUUGGGUUCUACCUCCCUGACCUCACAACACAGUCCAACGUCACCCUCCUCGACCGCUGGGAGGGUUCAUGGGCAUACCUCACCUCCGUCGCCUGGGUCAAGAUCACGAGCGACGGAAAUGUCAGAACCUCGAGCUUUCCUCCCAAGGGCUAG